AUGGCGGACGCAGACACCCCCGUUACCCUGCGAACUCGCAAGUUCAUCCGCAACCCUCUGCUGGGUCGCAAGCAAAUGGUCGUUGACAUCCUGCACCCCGGCCGCGCCAACAUCUCCAAGGAUGAGCUCCGCGAGAAGCUCGCCGGCAUGUACAAGGCCACCAAGGACCAGAUCAACGUCUUCGGCCUGCGCACGCAAUUUGGUGGCGGCAAGACCACCGGCUUCGCCCUGGUCUACGACUCCCCCGAGGCGAUGAAGAAGUUCGAGCCCCACUACAGACUGGUCCGCGUGGGCUUCGCUACCAAGAUCGAGAAGGCGAGCAGACAGCAGCGCAAGCAGCGCAAGAACAGGCAGAAGACGCUCCGUGGAACGGCAAAGGUCAAGGGCGCGAAGGCGAAGAAGGAGAAAUAA